GAGCUACUUCCAUGUGGGCUUCCUGCUGUGGUCUGCUGAAUGAGGUGAUGGGGACGGGCGCUGUCCGUGGCCAGCAGGCUGCCUUUGGGGGAGGCGCUGGCCCAUUCCGAUUUGCACCAAACACAGACUUCUCAGCGUACCCAUCUCCAGCUGCGGCGGGCGCUAACAUAGUUUGCAAAGCCUGUGGACUUUCCUUUUCGGUUUUUAGGAAAAAACACGUGUGUUGUGACUGCAAGAAGGACUUUUGCUCAGUUUGCUCAGUCUCACAAGAGAAUCUCAGAAGAUGCUCCACUUGCCACUUGCUGCAAGAAACGGCCUUCCAGCGGCCCCAGUUAAUGAGACUGAAAGUGAAGGAUCUGCGUCAGUACCUGAUUCUCAGAAACAUCCCAACAGAUACCUGCAGAGAGAAGGAAGACCUGGUGGACCUCGUGCUGUGCCAUCACGGGUUGGGUCCGGAGGAGGACAUGGACGCUGGCAGCUUGCAUUCAGCACGCUCACAGACUUCGGGGUUUUUCACUCAUCCGUUUUCUAUGUCUGUAUCGGUGUCGUCGCAAGGAGAACUCGCAAACAGACGGGGGAGCACAGGAAGUGGAACACCAUUACGGGGACAAAUGGAAACACCUUCUAUAAAUAACGAAGAAGAAGAAAGUGCAGAGGAGCAGACCCCUGGAUUGUCCAGAAAGCGAGUGAGGGCAUCGUUGUCCGAUAUUUCAAGUCUGGAAGACAUUGAAGGGUUGAGCGUUCGGCAACUGAAGGAAAUACUUGCCUGUAAUUUUGUCAACUACUCAGGAUGCUGUGAAAAAUGGGAACUUGUGGAAAAAGUGAGCAGACUUUACAGAGAGAGUGAGGAGAACCACAAGACACAGGGCGAGAAGAUGCAGCUGAAUGACAACGACGACAACCUGUGCCGGAUCUGCAUGGAUGCCGUCAUCGACUGCGUCCUGCUGGAGUGUGGCCACAUGGUGACAUGCACCAAGUGCGGCAAGAGGAUGAGCGAGUGCCCCAUCUGCCGCCAGUACGUUGUGCGGGCCGUGCACGUCUUCAAAUCUUAA